GCGGCAUCAUUGCCGACAUUGCGGUGGCCUCGUCUGUGACGACUGCAGCAGGCACAGAACUCGAAUCCCUCAAGAUCCUUCCCUUGGCAAUGUGCGGGUCUGCGAUGACUGUUUCAAGGUCAUCGGCGACCACCAUGCAGCUGUACUGGAAGAAGAUCUGGCCCUCGGCCGCCAUCUUAUCGAGCAGCUGAAAGAUGCUUUGAAACAGAAGCACGACCAAAGCGAGGCUUACAAGAAGGUGAUGCUGGAGCUUGAAGCUGAAGCUGUCGGGAACAGGGCGCGACUCGACAAGCAUGAGAAAGAUCCGGAAAGUGAAGACUUCUCUUUCAAGACGUUGCAGGACACAGUGCAGCAGUGUUGGAGCGAUGUCAUGAACUCCUUGGAAGCACAAGGCAAAGUGAUGCGAGAUCUCGAGGAGCGUCAGCGCGACGUUCUGAAGCGCCGAGACGACUUGAUCUCGACGGAAGAGGAGAUGAGCGACAGGUAUCAGCGACUAGACGCUGAGCUUGCUGAGGUGACGCGUAUGGAAGCGAAGCGGGAUGAGUUGUUCCGCCUUGAGGGAGAGCUUGAACGCGCAGUCGGUGCUGAGCGUCGGCGAGUUCGCGAGUUGGAACUUGGGCGGCAGGCCCAGCAGGAGCUCGAGGCAGAACGAAUCAGCAUCGUGGCUCAGUUAGUCAGAGCACAGCCAGAGUCGCUUGGAUGGCUGCCGGAGGUCCUGCACUGUGAGUUGAAGCUGAAGGGCCCGACGCAGAAGGCGGACGUGAGACAGACACAAGGGCAAAGGUCGCUACAAGGGCUAAAUGUUGUUCAAGUGAUGGCGCCGAGCGACCAGAAUGCAACUCCUGCCACAUGCGUCACUGGCAUGCGCUGUGCCAGUCAGAGCCAGGAGCUAGGUUGCGAUGCUUUCAUGGGCGAUUUGCAAAGGCCACAGAAGGCCAGCUGCAACGACACGGUAGUUACUUUCGUGCCGGUGACUAUCCUGCAGGUGAAUGCAAUGUCAAGCUCACAGAACCUCGCGCUGGCCUUGCUUGGCCAGAAGGCUCCGACACCCUCGCCCCAGCUCGAGGAGUAUCCGGAGGAUGUCCGCGGCAUUAUUCGGGAGAUCCAGGGCUACGUCUUCACCCGACGCGUUCGGGCGAAGGACUUCUUCUUGGAUUUCGAUCUGCUGCGAUGUGGCCGAUGCAGCCCUCAUCAGUUUGUCCGCGGAUUGAAUGCUAUCGUUCCGCAUCUACGGGCAGAAAAGAUGCGCGUGCUCACGGAUUUCUUCACAGAUCCAUCGCAAGAUGCCAUGAAGCCACAGGUCGUUCACCACCUCGAGUUCCUCCGUGCAGUGGACACCGUUUUCGGGGCCUCUGAGCUCGAAAAGCAACCAGCCGCAAAGGCGCCGAGGCCUGGCCACUGCUUGAAGAAGCACGGUCAGGACAUCAGCCCGUGUGAGGACGAGGUAACUGUUGAGCAGACGCUGCGACGGCUUGCCCUGCUUGUGAAGACACGUGGAGUGAUCUUUUCGAAGUGCUUUCAGGACUCGGAAAGAUCUCUGGACACGUCGCUCCUCUGUCCUCGAUUUGCUGGAAAGGUCACGGAGGCGCAGUUCUGCAGCCAUUUCCCUUUCAUGCAGGACAUCUCGGAACAUGAGCUGAGCCUAUUGCUUCAGCGGUAUUACAACGCUGAUACUGGUGGGAUUAGCUACAUGGUCCUCGCCCCAGCACUGGACAAAGAAAUCCAGUCUCUCAUAGACGAGCCAUGUGCAGGGAGGCGUCAGUGGGCAGGGCCCGCGGCCUGGAGCGGCCGAGAGCCCAUGCGAAUGCCGAGCAGCCAGGCCAGGACUGUCUUCACAAUUCUUCGAAUCGAGCUGGACUCGAAGGAGCUCGAGAUGUUGCAUCGGCUCUUCGAUCUGAACGGACCAGCUCUCAGCCUGAGCCUCUUCAACUAUAGGCAGUUCUGCAACGAAGUCUUGGAGGCCGUGGAAGAGCAAGGAUUUUUCACCAGCGACCUCAUUCCAGCCAUCUCUGGUGCCUUCGUCGGCAUGCAAAGGGUGCAGGGAAAGGGCACCUCAAAAAUAUCCGAUGCUCGACAGAGGAAGGAAACAUUCAAGGAGAAUCCGACGGAUCAAGGCGCGUCAGAGUGCGGCACCGCUUGCUACCUGAUGCGGAGGAGCAGCUGGCAGAAGCAGAGCUUGGAUCUCAAGCUGGUGAAGUCUCAUUUCCUGGACUUCGACAGACUACGGUGUGGCCGUGUGACCCGCAGCCAGCGAUGCCUGCCUGCUUUAGUGAUGGUAUUGAUUGAGGGCCGUCGGCGGGAUCCGCAAGUGCCAGCUCCACAAAAGAGGCCAGCAGAAGAAGCGCUGCAGGCCGCGACCGCGAAGCAGCCUCGGAGCGGAGAAGCCUCCGAGACGCCACAGGCAGCUCCAACAGCAUCUGCACCUGGGUUGCCUCUGCCGGCAGGGGCAGCUUCCUGGCAGAGCGUCCCUGCGCUCCUGGGUCCCACGCCUCCACAGCCACCAGCACCAAACCCACAGGCAGCUGCCAUUUUAGCAACUCUGCAAAAUGCUGCAACUGCUACCCCGCAAAAUCCACAAGCAGCUGCACUUGCAGCAGCGUUGGCAGCACAAAGCCCAGCCAAUGCCACGCAACCCCCGCCACCAAACCCACAAGCACUUGCCAUUCUCAGCGCUUUAGGUGUAUCCAGUGCUGCAGCAGGGGCUGCCGGAGGUGGUGCAGCACCGGCACCGGCUCCCUUGUCACCACAAGCCCAAGCCGUCAUCGCUGCUCUUGUGGCGGCCAAGUCGUCGGCUGCUACCGCAGUUCCUGCUUCUUCACCUUUAGUUGGACUGCCGCAAGCAACUGCUGGCACGCUCCCUCCAGCAGCACACAUCGACAGCACCGCACAACCCCCACCACCGAACCCACAGGCACUGGCAAUUCUCAGCGCUUUGGGCGGGUCCGCCGCUGCAGCUGGUGCCGCUGCAGCUGGUGCCGGAGGUGGUGCAGCACCCGCACCGGCCCCCUUGUCACCACAAGCCCAAGCCGUCAUCGCUGCUCUUGUGGCGGCCAAGUCGAAUGCAGCUACCGCAGUUCCAGCUUCUUCACCUUUAGUUGGACUGCCCCAAGCAGCAAGUGCUGGCACAGCCGUCACCCCUCCAAAUGCGUCAGGUCAAAUUGACAUUAUUGCCCACCUAGCAGCUUCGGCCAGGAUCAAUGCAGCGAUGAACGCAGCUUGUUCGCCGCCAGAAGAGCAGCAGCCGGCUCCAGCAGCACCGGAGCCAGCUGCUUUUGACAAGGAUGCCUUGCGUCGCCUCGCGCAGCGAGCAGCAGAAGGCCCAAUCGAAGAGGAGCCACCCCCACCGCCGCCACCCGAACCGACAAAGGCAGCUGCCGUCGUUGAGGUGACCCAGCAGGAAGAGCUUCCUUCUGCGGAGGCUGAGCCUCUGGCGGAUGCAGACGCUCUUCUGGCCCAGGUGAUUGGUCAGCCUGCUCAGCCUGCCCCAGCCCAGGUGGAUGACGGCAGGAAAGAUUGGCAUGAGAAGUUCAGCCACGUGCUCUGGGGUUAUUGGCGGGCGAAGAAGAAGGAUUCCUCAUCGAUUGCGACAAUGCUCAGCUACGCGCAGAGCAACGUUGCCAAAGGCAAGGUGCCACCAGACAAAGCGGUGGACAAUGCGUCUUUGCAGCAGGCUUUCACGAUUGGAGGCGGAGCAAGUGGCCACGCCUCUGGCUUGAAGGGGUUGUCGCCCGUGGAGAGCCUUUGUCAGAGACUUGACAGCGCAGGUCCUGACUUGUCUUCGGAGGAGCGCAAGGAUCUCCAGCAGCAAGUCAGCGCAGUCUUGCCGAAGCUUGAGCCACCCAAAGCAGCUGAGCUCAUCGGCAAAAUGCAAGGUGCCGAAGGUAUUCGCAGCUCCUCCUUCUUGGAUGAGAUCGCAAGAUUACUUCAUCCAUCCCGCUUUGCUAGCUCACAUUUGACUCGCAUAAUGGCAUCUCUAGCUCCCUGGGCUGCUGCAGUCAGUGGCAGCGAUGCAGAUGGAAAGAUUAAGCUGUCUGAGGAUGCAAGGUCAUUCUUCACAACCUCGGCAGCAGAACUUUCCUUGAGGCUAAUGGAUGUGGCCCCAAAGGAUUUGAGCCAGAUCGCCACGGCGAUGGCGACCAUCAGCAUGACGGAGGAACGCUUCUUCGCCUCGUUGGCUCGGGCAUCGGUUGCUCGAUGCGAACGCUUCAGCGUGGAGGACAUCCUCCUCGUUUGUGCCGCCUUCGACAAGGCAGGCAUGGUCCACCUGCCCCUUCUGGAGGCGGCCGCGAAGCUGCUGCGGAUACAGGUGGCACAGGUGCCCGGCACGGAGCUGGCAAAGGGCCUGCGCAGCCUGGCCACGUGCUGCGUUCGCGACCUUGCUCUUGGCAGAGCUGUUGGUGCACAUUUGGCUGAAGGUCCUAAGGGCGGCCUCACUCCAGAAGAGUUUUGCUCACUUGCUUGGACGUUUGUGACCCUCGGCUUUUAUCACGACCAGAUGUUCCGAGCCGUCUUCAAGGCAUUGGAGGAUGCCCCAACGAUGCCUGGGGACACACUGUGCCAGCUUUACGAGAUCCACCUGGCAUUGAAGGCCUUCCGCAACGAUCUCUACGGCAAGUUUGAGCUUGAGGAGUCUGCAGUGCAAAGCCUCCGGGCACACUACAAGAAGCAACGUGGUGGCAAGGUCAGAGAUGUGAAAUUGGACCGCUCGAUGGAGAAGGUCUGCAAGGACAUCGCCGAUUCUUUGCAGAAGGUGGUCAGCGGAUCAGUUUCGAGACAACAUCAGACCGAGCUCGGCAUGGCCGUUGACAUCGCCGUCUCCGCAAAGAGGGGCUCCAAACCCAUCGUCUUCAUCGAGGUCGAUGGAUCGCACUCGCUGACGAAAACGCUGGACCUGACAGGGCCCACAACAUCGCAGAUCUCCAGAGUACGUGGACCUGUCUUGUUGAAGAGGUACCUGUUGCAGAAGCAUGGCUUCCGGAUCGCUGUCGUUCCGGAAGACUUCUGGCGGAGCUUACCAGACAGCAGAGAGAAGCGGGACUUCUUGCGAGAGUUGCUGCGGAGCUCUGGGGUGCCGUCCAGACUGUUAUAG